UCGACCUUUUCCCAAGAUCCUCAAGACACUCCCUAUCAAGAAAGAAAGCAGAUAGACAGACAGAUCCUGUACUCUCGUGCACAUUUCAAGAUAAAAGCCUGUUCGAUGAAGGAAGCCUCCUCUGAAUCCCCCGAUAUAGAUGGCAGUCGCUCUGGUGCACAACCCGCAGCGCAUGGAUUCUUGCCUCCUUCAUCCACGGCUCCUGAAGGCGGAAACACUUUUGGCUUGAGCCAGCAGCCUUACCGCAACGACUUUGACGAAAAGACUCGAUCGGAUAACCACCAUGAUGUCCCUCGCGCAGAUCAAGCUGCCGUCGACGGCCACUCCACGAACCACAAUGGCUCUUCCGAGCUCAAGAUGCCACCUGGGCACAUCCCAUCUCAUACAUCUUCUCAGGCUGCACGGUCGGGGUCUGUCGUAGAGCCGACACCCAAGGCCGGGGAGCCAUCUGAAGAAAACACAAAUACUGCCAAGAAGGGCACCUUUAUCGACGAGAUCCGCCGCAAUACCUGGCUGGCCGUCACUUACAGCUGGCUUAAUGUCCUGCUCAUCUUUGUACCCGUCGGCAUUGCCGUCUCCCAGGUUGACGGCAUCCAUGGCGGUGUCGUCUUUGCCAUGAAUGCCAUUGCCAUCAUCCCUCUCGCCGGACUGCUUGCGUUUGCAACCGAGUCUGUGGCGCGUAAGAUGGGAGAUGCUCUUGGCGCCCUGCUGAACGUUACGUUCGGUAAUGCUGUUGAACUGAUCAUCUUUAUUAUUGCUCUGGUCAAGGAUGAGAUUCGAAUUGUUCAGGCUUCCCUCUUGGGUUCGAUCUUGGCCAACCUACUGCUAAUCCUUGGCAUGGGUUUCUUCCUUGGUGGUCUACGCUACCGAGAACAGAUCUACAACAGCACAGUCACUCAGAUGAGUGCUUGUUUGCUCAGUCUCAGUGUCAUCAGCCUGGUUUUGCCGACAGCUUUCCACGCCUCUUUCAGCGACACAAAGCUUGCUGAUGCCCAAUCUCUUAAGAUUAGUCGUGGAACCAGUGUGAUCCUCCUUCUCGUCUACAUCAUCUACCUCUUGUUCCAGCUCAAGUCUCACGCCUACAUGUACGAGUCCACGCCUCAGCACAUUGUCGAUGCUGAAUCGACCCCUGGUCCUGCUGCUGGCUGGCUGGAUUCGUCUAGCUCGGACGACAGCUCAUCAUCGAGCUCUGACUCUUCUGACUCUGAUUCCUCCCACGGUACCGUCCGCAAGAGGAUGAAGAAGGUUCUUCGUGGUGGACGACGUCGAAGAUCUAGCAAUGCUUCCGCCGACACUGCCAACACUAGAGCCACUCGCGCCGCUUCUUUCACCACCAACAACACUACCCCUGGUGAAGAAGUAUCUGAACCAUCAGCUUCCAGGCACCGGAUCCCCCGAUUCCCUUCUUAUGAAGGGAGUGAACAAGCCGUUGAUGAAGAAGAGGAACCACGUCGAUCCCACAGGCGUCGUCGCCAUCGCCGACACAGACACCGUAAGAACAAGAGGCACGAUCACGACACUGAAAAGGGUGGUGAUGGAACGCAAUCACGGAACAAGCAGCCCGAGGCUAGUGCGCAAAUUCGCGGCGAGGGUGAACCUCGCCGUGUCGAUUUCGCUGUUCAGAACGAGGCAGAACCCGGCUCAUCAACUGGUGGCCGAAGGCCCUUCCCCCUUAGAGGAAUGUCGGUCAAGAACCUGGCACCCACUGUCUUCACCGAGAAGCCAGAGCCAGGUAUUCUGCCUCCCGCCCCUUCUGGUCCUGUUCCCCGCGUUCGCUAUGGUAUUCGCCGUACCAACUCGCUUCCUGACCGCCUGGGUCAGCAGUUCCGCCCUCCUGGUGCCAUGCUGCCAUCCCAGGUUCCGUUGAUGGCCUUGAAUGCCGCUGGCGCCCAGAAGGCUGAUCGGGAGGAUGACGAUGAAGAGCACCUUUCCCAAAUCGGCUCGGUUGUUCUUCUCCUCGUCUCUACGGCUCUGGUUGCGGUUUGCGCCGAGUUCCUGGUUGACUCUAUUGAGGAGGUCGUUAGCACCUCAUCGGUCGGAGAAAUCUUCAUCGGUCUCAUCAUCCUGCCCAUUGUGGGCAAUGCUGCAGAACACGUCACAGCCAUCACAGUGGCCAUGAAGAACAAGAUGGAUUUGGCUAUUGGUGUGGCUGUCGGCAGCUCGAUCCAGAUCGCCAUCUUCAUCACCCCAUUGGUUGUUAUUCUCGGCUGGAUCAUGGACCGCGAGAUGACGUUGUACUUUACGCUGUUUGAGACUGUUUGUCUCUUUGUGUCGGCGUUUAUUGUCAACUUCCUGGUUCUUGAUGGCAGAAGCAACUACCUUGAGGGUGCCCUGCUCUGUGCGGUGUAUAUCAUCAUCAGUGUGGUGGCAUUCUUUUAUCCUGAUGAGAAUGAGGCCAGUGCUUGGGGCAGCUAA